AUGCUCAAAAUUAUGUUCUUCUUUUAGCCCUUGCUUUUAAAUAAUAUGUUGCUCAGCUAUUCUUCAUGUAAUUGAAUGAAAACGCUUUAUAUACAAACCAGAAACAGCCACACAAACCAGAAACCUGGGGAGUAUCCCAGCUCUGCUUGGUUUCUCACCACACACCAAGUCACUGAAUACUGAUGAUUACAUUUCCUUCACAUGUUCCAUACCCAUUCCCUCCAGCCUGUCCCCAAGGUUACCAUCUCAAUUCAGGUACUCACUGUCACUUGAAAAUGUAGACCCUACAGAUAGCUGGGACUCACAGUCUCCAAUCUCGUUCUUUUAAACAAUCCUUCACGUUAACCAAACAUUAAUCUUUGUAAUAACAUACCUUAGUCAAAUAGUUUUACUUUUUAUUUCCAAUGAAGUCCAACAGAAGCUCAUCCGUGAGCCACUUUUCUAUUAUUAUUAUUAAUUAUUACUAUUGCUGUGCCCUCCUUAUACCCUAAGGUGCAGCCUGGUAUGUCUUUUCUUUUUCUUCUGGUUACUUCUUUAUUAUUUUUACAUAGUUUUACAAUUUUCACUGAAAUCUCUUAACUCCUCCAUGCAAAGUCAAAGCCUUCCCAAAUUGGACCUAAUUCCUUUGGUACCAACGGGAAAAUAACUUAAAAUCUUUGAAAUCUCCAGACUCAGAUGUCUCUUCAGACAUAAUUGAAUAGAUAAGGUCCAGCCUGGCAUGUCUGCCUGAAGAGUGUCUAAACUUUCCAUCCACGGGAAAGCCUUUCCCUACCCACUUUUGGAAGAAUCUACCCCACCCUAUCAUGGUGCCUGCUGUAUACUGUGAACACGUGUAUCCCAGGUCCUAUACUGUUUAUUUGCAUGGCUCACUUGUAGGCAGACUAUAAACUCUUGGAAGAUGGAGACAGUAUCUUACUAGUGUUGGCUUUUCCAGUGUCUAAGAUGACACCACACAGAGCAGAUGCUCAGUAAAUGUAAAUUGAAUGAGUGAAUUAAUAAAUGAAUGAGAUGAUUAAUUAUUCAGUAUAUCUACACAUGGAUAAUUGUGGAUAUAAAAUAUCCAUAUGUGGAUAAUAUAUGAAUAAUUGAAAGCAUCUUGGCAAAAUUUUAUGUAGUCCUUCAGUUUUAGGUAAUCAGUAAACUUAUUUUAUUUUUGUUAAGUGCUUCAGCUGUUUUUCCUAACCACUGUACAUAGCUACUAAACUUCUCUUGUCAUUCUUCCAGAGAUUUCAAGAUAAAUACUCCUUGAGCUUCUUCAUUCUGUCCACAGAAAUACACCUACUUUGAAACCUUUAUAGUCUUUGAGCCAAAAUCACAAGCAUGUUUCCUAGUCUCCCCUGUUAGCCCACAAUUGACAACCUACAUCCCUCUGGAGUAAAGAACCAAAUGUGUUCUGACAAAUGAGAUGUGGAUGUUUCUCUCUAAAAUGUUGCCCAACCAGCAAACACACACACACAUACACACACACAUAUGGAUAUAUACAUUAUACAUAUACAUGUAAGGGACAUACACAUAAAGGGGAUAGUCAGAAAUAUUUUCAAGACAUCCUCCCUCUAUGCUUUAUUAUGUGAAUAUAAACAUAGCCCCUGUACCUGAGGCAUCAUUAUAUCAAAAGUUUCAUUGAACUUCAUGAGUAUAUCAUAGUAAAGGUGAAGGUGUGAGUUACACAUUUGCUGCCCUCAAAACACCAGGGCUUCUACCAUGACACCUCUUCAAGGCCAGCCUUACUCUAGCUUCUGGCUUCUCUUAUUUCCUAACCCUAUGUCAAAUCUCAGGCACUAUGUGGAAAGGCCUCAGAAUCUUUCUCACCACAGUGUAGGAGGGUUGAUAGAAGUAUUUUUUUUCUUAUCUAUCAAUACCCAAGUUAGAAUUAACUAAGAAGAAGGAGAUUUUCAAGCCUUUAUGACAGAGGCAUGAUGCUCCGCCUCCUCCAAGCUCCAUUUAAUCCACACAGGGCAAGACUGAGAUCCAUGAACUUACCACAGACCAAAUACUUAGGGGGUAUAAUAUACAACAUGGACCCUGGAGAAUGCAUGUUCUUAUUACUACAAGAGUUUUAUGUGUAGAGAUCCAGCUGGUUAUUAAGUCAUCACCUGCCAGCUUCUUUUUUUUCUGAAUGCCCAUCCCCAGAGCCCAGAGAAUUGGAGUCAGGAGGAUAAACAAACUUUGUUUCUUCUGGUAGACACAGAGUCUGACUGCUGUGUAUCCUGGUUUCCUUAGGGACUCUACCUUGUCCUCAGUGACAAUAUGUAAAGGCUUGAGUAGAGAUAACUCCACCAUAAAAUCUAUACUGUUGGUGUUCCCAGGGAGCAGUCUUUGCAUUAGCCUGCAUUAAGAAAAGAGAGAUGACCCCUGCAACUGGAAAUUCCUUCUCUCAGAGGCUGCUGGUGGGAGCAAGAUCCUCAGCUCUGGUCUUCAAAAGCUCCUGUGAUCUCUGCACAAUUUCUCUAAGUAUAAUUAUAUUUCUGAGACAAGACCAGGCCUGGUACCACACACACAGCUCACUGCCACAGCAGAGUCCAACGCAGGUACUGUCACAAGGGCAUGACAGAAAAUCAGACAUGGGUCACAGAAUUCAUUCUCCUGGGAUUUUCCCUUGGCGCAAAGAUUCAGAUGCUCCUCUUUGGGCUCUUCUCCCUGUUCUACAUCUUCACCCUGCUGGGGAAUGGGGCCAUCCUGGGGCUCAUCUGGCUGGACUCCAGACUGCACACCCCCAUGUACUUCUUCCUCGCACACCUGGCCAUCGUUGAUAUUUCAUAUGCUUCCAACAAUGUCCCCAAGAUGCUGGCAAAUCUUCUGAACAAGAGAAAAACAAUCUCCUUUUCCCCAUGCAUCAUGCAGAACUUUUUAUACAUGGCUUUUGCUCACACCGAGUGUCUCAUCUUGGUAAUGAUGUCCUAUGAUCGGUACGUGGCUAUCUGCCACCCUCUGCAAUAUUCUGUCAUCAUGAGAUGGAGAGUGUGCACAGUCCUGGCUGUCACUUCUUGGGCAUGUGGCUCCCUUCUGGCCCUGGUCCAUGUGGUUCUCAUCCUGAGGCUACCUUUCUGUGGGCCUCAUGAAAUCAACCACUUCUUCUGUGAAAUCCUGUCUGUUCUCAGGCUGGCCUGUGCUGACACCUGGCUCAACCAGGUUGUCAUCUUUUCUGCUUCUGUGUUCAUCCUGGUGGGGCCACUUUGCCUGGUGCUGGUCUCCUACUCACACAUCCUGGCGGCCAUCCUGAGGAUCCAGUCUGGGGAGGGCCGCAGAAAGGCCUUUUCCACCUGCUCCUCCCACCUCUGCGUGGUGGGGCUCUUCUUUGGCAGCGCUAUAGUCAUGUACAUGGCCCCAAAGUCCCGCCAUCCUGAGGUGCAGCAGAAGGUCCUUUCCCUGUUUUACAGCCUUUUCAACCCGAUGCUGAACCCCCUGAUCUACAGUCUGAGGAACACAGACGUCAAGGGCUCCGUGAAAAAAGUGUUGUGGAAACAGAGGUCAAGGUGAGGGAUACCAGGGAAAGUCCAGAGGGUUGAAGAUUUGCUCCAAAUUAGAUUAGUAGGAAUGAUGAUGUAAAUACCUUACAGCCUCAUCUCUUAGAUUUCUGAUAUCAAGAAUGUAUAUUGAUCGGAUUCUGUUCCUAAACAUGGCAGAUCA